ACUUUUAUCAGUACAGGGUAAUAAAAACCUAAAUAUCUAAAUAGUUUUGACCACUUUUUGGCCGUUUUUAGCAUUAAGUACUCAGCACCACUAGCUCCGGCACCAACGCAGGCGAGGGUGAACAAGUUCAAGUUCAAACAGCUGAUCCGAUUUGUUUUGGGUUUUCAUGUGAUAUAACGAAGUAAAAACAAUCCAAUUGGACACAAAGGGACUCUUCCAGGAUGUUCCAACACGGCCCAAUGCUGUGGCGACCACUGCUCCUGCUGCGCAGUCUGCACCUGGGUCAGCGCCAGCAAAUGUCUCACUACGAUGCCCUGGGAAUCGGGAGACAGUGCACACAAAACGAAAUUAAGGCAGCCUACUACAAACUCUCGAUGCUUUACCAUCCGGACAGAAACCAGGGCAGCGAGACCGCAGCCAAGAAGUUUCGGGAGAUCAAUCAGGCGUACGAGAUUCUGGGAAACUACCGCCUCCGUCGACUUUACGAUAAGGGAAUCGUGCACACCGCAGGUUCACAGUAUGCUCAGGAUGUCCACGAUGUUGCAGAGCCAGUGGUGGAGGACGAUCCGGAAACCAAGUUCUACAAAUCACGUUUCCAGAAAUCGCGUGUGGCCGAUGCAGAAGGACGCACUCCAAUCUACGACUUCGACGAGUGGUCGCGGAAUCAUUACGGCAAGUCCUUUGACCGAAGGCAGGCCGCCCAGGCCAAAUACGAUCGAAUCAAGGUUCAAAAAGAGGCGAACAAGAUGUCCGGCCAAACCGAUAUGGUAUUGCUUGCCUUUCUUUUCGGCGGAGUGGCUGUUUAUCUAAUGUUUCUCGCCGAGACCUCCUAUGAUACUCCAAAACAAAAAGCGGAGGCCCGGCACAGACGUAAUCGGGAGGAGCGGGAGCAACAGGUGGACAGGAAAGAAUCGUAGAUAGCUCUAGUCCACACUGUACAUAGGCAAAGGCUUGCAAAAGUUGUUACGCGGGACUUUAUAAAACUGCAAAUAUUGCCAAUAUAUGGAGCUAAAGAUUAUCACGUGAAUUGACCUUCCGAACAUGUGUAGAAAGUCAGAAACUUGAAUAUUAAAUGUCAUCCAUACUUUAAA